GGUCCCCGCCAUGAAAGUUACGAUAACUCCACCUUCGGCGUCACUGCUGUUCGGGACAAGUCUUGAGCGUGCAGGCGGGACAGGCAGAGCUGCAUAAUGUCUGUUUUCUGACAGCGGCUUUCUCCUUUCACAACCACAACCUCAGUACUCGACUUCACUGCUCUUGAAAUUUUUGGAACAUUUUUUUUUUUUCUGUGCGCGUGUGUUUUUGUGCAUCUCAGACUCGUACUAGUUCAAUACGAUGCUGUCGGUGUUUUCCUAACACUUAACUGACAGCUACACAGCUAGCAGGCAUAACACGACAGUUAAUUUAUUUAAAUUUUAGACUUAAGGGCGCGUCGGUUUCCUCUUCUACUUCGCCAUGACAGAUCAAAAAAAGACUCGCAGAAAACAGAAAAAAGAAGACGUAGAAGAUCUGAAACGAGAGCUCGACAUUGACACUCAUAGGAUAACUUUAGAUGAAUUGUGCCAGCGAUUCAGCACUAACCUAGAAAAGGGUUUAACAAGUACCAAAGCGGCUUCAAAUUUGAAGCGUGAUGGUCCAAAUGCCCUGACUCCUCCAAAACAGACCCCAGAAUGGGUGAAGUUCUGCAAAACACUAUUUGGUGGUUUUUCCAUGCUGCUGUGGGUUGGAGCGGUGUUGUGUUUCAUUGCUUAUUCUAUAGAAGCCACAACAUCGGAAGAUCCUAGUGAUGAUCAUUUGUUCCUGGGAAUCGUCUUGGCGACAGUUGUCGUUGUAACUGCCAUCUUCUCAUACUACCAGGAGAACAAAAGCUCAAGGAUAAUGGAUUCUUUCAAGAAGAUGAUCCCUCAGUUCGCUACAGUGGUGCGUGACGGUGAGAAAUUGUCUAUGAAAGCGGAAGACCUGGUGAUUGGUGACUUAGUGGAAGUGAAAGGUGGUGAUCGCAUCCCAGCAGACAUCCGAAUCAUUGAAGCCAACAUGUUCAAAGUCGACAACUCGUCUCUGACUGGAGAAUCGGAACCUCAAAGCAGAAGUCCAGAGUGCACCCACCACAACCCACUCGAAACUAAAAACAUUGCCUUCUUUUCAACAAACGCAGUUGAAGGGACCGCCAGGGGCAUAGUGGUGGCGUGCGGCGACCACACGGCCAUGGGACGCAUCGCGGGGCUGGUGUCCAGCCUGGAGGCCGGGGACACGCCCAUCGCCAAGGAGCUGCACCACUUCAUCAAGAUCAUCACCGGCGUGGCCGUGUUCCUCGGCGUGGUGUUCUUCAUCAUCGCCUUCAUCCUGGGCUACCACUGGCUGGACGCCGUGGUGUUCCUCAUCGGCAUCAUCGUCGCGAACGUCCCGGAGGGCCUCCUGGCGACGGUGACGGUGUGCCUGACGCUGACGGCCAAGCGCAUGGCCUCCAAGAACUGCCUGGUGAAGAACCUGGAGGCCGUCGAGACGCUGGGCUCCACGUCGACCAUCUGCUCCGACAAGACGGGCACGCUCACGCAGAACCGCAUGACGGUGGCGCACAUGUGGUUCGACGGCCAGAUCAUAGAGGCCGACACCACGGAGGACCAGUCGGGUAUUCAGUACGACAAGUCCGGUCCGGGGUUCAAGGCCCUGGCACGAAUCGCAGCUCUGUGCAACAGGGCGGUGUUCAAGCAAGAGCAGGAACAUCUGCCAGUGUUGAAGAGGGAGGUGAUCGGCGACGCGUCGGAAACGGCGCUGCUGAAGUGCAUGGAGCUGGCGCUGGGCGACGUGAGGGGCAUACGGGCGAAACACCAGAAGGUGUGCGAGGUGCCGUUCAACUCGGUGAACAAGUACCAGGUGUCGGUGCACGAGAGCGAGGGCGGCUACCUGCUGGUGAUGAAGGGCGCGCCCGAGCGCAUCUUGGAGCGCUGCAGCACCAUCUUCAUCAACGGCAAGGACGAGGCGCUCGACGAGGAGAGGAAAGAGGCGUUCAACGACGCCUACUUGGAGCUGGGAGGCAUGGGCGAGCGCGUACUGGGUUUUUGCGACUUCGUGCUCCCCGCCAAGCAGUUCCCAAAAGGUUUCGAUUUUGACGGGGACAACCCCAACUUUCCCAUCGAGGGCCUGCGGUUCGUCGGCCUCAUCUCCAUGAUCGACCCGCCCCGCGCCGCGGUGCCGGACGCCGUGGCCAAGUGCCGGUCGGCGGGGAUCAAGGUCAUCAUGGUGACCGGCGACCACCCCAUCACAGCCAAGGCCAUCGCCAAGUCCGUCGGCAUCAUCUCGGAGGGAAAUGAAACUGUAGAAGACAUAGCGGACAGACUCAACAUUCCAGUUUCGGAGGUGGACCCUCGCUCAGCCAACGCAGCUGUGGUUCAUGGCUCAGAGCUAAGGGAAAUGUCGCUGGAACAGUUGGACGAACUUCUAAGGAAUCACAGUGAAAUAGUGUUUGCCCGGACGUCUCCGCAGCAGAAGCUGAUCAUUGUGGAAGGUUGCCAGCGAAUGGGAGCCAUCGUUGCGGUGACUGGAGAUGGCGUGAAUGACUCUCCGGCUCUCAAGAAAGCUGACAUUGGCGUGGCGAUGGGCAUCGCCGGGUCUGAUGUCUCCAAGCAGGCCGCCGACAUGAUCCUGCUGGACGAUAACUUUGCCUCGAUCGUGACGGGAGUGGAGGAGGGCCGGCUGAUCUUCGACAACCUGAAGAAGUCCAUCGCGUACACGCUCACGUCCAACAUCCCGGAGAUCACGCCUUUCCUGGCGUUCAUCCUCCUGAGCAUCCCGCUGCCCCUGGGCAGUGUGGCCAUUCUGGCCAUCGACUUGGGAACAGAUAUGUUACCUGCAAUAUCAUAUGCAUAUGAAGGAGCAGAGUCUGAUAUCAUGAAGAGACCUCCGCGACAACCAGAAAAAGACAGCCUUGUGAAUGAAAGGUUGAUAGCGAUGGCUUACGGCCAAAUUGGAGUGAUCCAGGCCGCUGCGGGAUUCUUCUCGUACUUCAUUGUGAUGUCGGAGAACGGCUUCUUGCCCAAAAGGUUGAUCGGCAUUCGAGAGCAGUGGGAUUCCAAGUCUGUGAAUGAUGUGGUCGAUUCUUACGGCCAAGAGUGGACCUACCAGACCAGGAAGAAGUUGGAGUUCACGUGUCACACAACGUUCUUCGUUACAAUCGUCGUGGUCCAGUGGGUGGAUCUAAUCAUUUGCAAAACACGUCGCAGCUCGAUUUUCCAACAUGGAAUGAGGAACUGGAUGAUGAAUUUCAGCUUAGUUUUUGAAACAGCAUUGGCAGCAUUCCUUGCAUACACUCCAGGCAUGGAGAAAGGCUUGAAGAUGUAUCCUUUGAAAUUCCACUGGUGGCUUGCGGGUGUUCCUUUCAUGAUCUGCAUGUGGAUCUACGAUGAAACGCGACGUUACAUUCUCAGAAGAAACCCCGGGGGUUGGGUUGAGCGAGAGACAUACUACUAAACAGCAGAAUACCGUAUUUACCCGCACAUAAGUUGCACAUUUUAUGCAGAUUUUUAGUUUAAAAAAAAAUGUAGUUGGACCUUUAUGCAAGUUUUAUAUUUUGGGUUGAAAAAAAAUUAACAUUGCACUGCAUGGUUGAAUAUAUGCGUAAAUAACUAUCCUAUGUUGGUUUUUAUAAAUAUAAAUCCUCGAGUAAGUAUAAUUUGUUUAAUUAAAAUAUUUCAGCAUAGUGUUUAGCUCAGUGAACAGCACAGUUAUUCUACAUUUGUUGCCUGCCUGAUUGGAGCCCGCAAGUCUGCUGCCCUUCCUGGCAAGGCAUGGCGAGGAGGGGAAAAUAAAAAAAAAAAUCACAGAGAAAGAGAGUGUUUGUGUGUGCGAAUGAAGCCAUAUGGCAGUGUUGAUGGUUCUCCCUCACUCUCAUUGUUGUAUGUUGCGCAAACUGGUACCCUACACAAUGAACGUCUCUAUCUUGACAUAUGUUUAUGAUGCCACUGUGCCCAAACAUUAUUUUUUUUUUGCGUGAGAUAUCCCACGUUUUAAACUGAACAUUCCAGACAUAACUGCAGCCAUUAUUGGUGUUUAGAAGUGCACCUUUUAUAUUCCUCCAGCCCUGGAUAAGUUUGCCAGUAGUUUACGUGCUAGUUUUUAUAGAAGAAACUGACAAAGAAUAGCUUGCUGCCUCUUCUCUCUCUCUGCGGCAAGUAGAUGGGUAAAAAAUAAAAUGCAAGAUAAAGAAGGAACGACCGAUAUAAAAAAUUAGCAGUCUUCUCCUUUGUCUUUUUGUGAGGUAGUGUGGGAAUUGAAAGGGGUCGUAAAUAUGCAGGAGGAGAGAAGGGGGGAUAUGACUGCCGCCUCACACCCUCCCGUAGUAGACACAGAAGAACAGAGGGUCAACACUAGUGCUGUAUUUCCUUUGCGUCAAUAAACUGAGACACUGAACACAGACUUCACUUGUAUCCACGAACCUCUACUGAAGACAGAUAUAUGUUUUGACCCUUACUCGAGGGCGACCCUUACGGUGAAAAUGUUAAGUUUUUUAUGCCCAAAAUUAUAGGUGCGACCCAUACGCAGGGGCGACCCUUCUGCAGGUAAAUACGGUACUUCUUUCCCGUGGUACGCGCGAGUGCGAGAUAGCUGUUUCGAAGCUUCUCUGCAGCUUCGCGCAAUCGCGAACUGGUAAAGUGUUGCUGCCGCAAAGUGGACUCUGGAAAGUCGCAUGGCGGAAGCAGAUGUCUGUGCGGCUGAGCUGUGUAAGGACCAGUCUUCAGCAUAGCAGUGUGUAUUUCUAAGUAGAGCCUCUACAGAGACACUAGUUGCCACAAUUUCUACUGUACACAAAGUGCACAGAUAUUUUUGAGAAACAAACUUUUUCUGCAUUUUACACGCCAAUAUUUUUUGUGAGCCCCACAACACAGACACACACUCACAAUCAUACCACAAGUGAAGAAAAAAAUUAGAUUUUUGUAUUGUAGGAACUCUUUAUUGCUUUAAAAGGAAAAGUGAGGUUAUUUGCCAUUCUCUCUAAUACAAAUGCUACUGUACACACAAAUUGAUUUAUUUUCAUAACCAAUUCUAAAAUUUCAAAAAGCACAUUACCCAUUAGUGUUUAAUUAUUACCAAAACAAGUAUUAUAUUAGGAUAAGAGUAAUGAAUUAUAAUUCUAAUACUAUUUGCAUAACAAUGUAAGAAUAUCUGCAUGGAUGGAUUGCAGGUACAAUUUUGUGAUUUGAAAAUUAUGUUACAUUACCUAUUUAAAUGAACCAACCCAUUUAGUAACAUGCCCCAUUGAAACAACUUAAAUUUUAUAAUAAACAUUUUUUAUAUCUAAUAAAUGUCAUUUUAGUAGGUACUGUCUUACUUAAGGUACAUUAUGUACUUUUCAAUAGAGCUUGUGGUUUGUUUACAGUGUAUUUUAAUUUUACAAUGUUUAUUUUAAUCUGUUUUUGAAACACAAAAAGAAAAAAAUAUUUAAUAUUUAGAUGUAUUUUUAUAGUGUUUUAAUAUUUUAACUUAAAUGUUAAAAAUGGUAUAGAAACAAACAUAUUUCACAUAUGAGAAAAUGAAAGACGUAUUUGAUUUUCGCUCCUUUUUUUAGAACUAAUCAGGGUGUUUCUUUUAGGGGCAAGUGUAUUGAUUUUCAUUUGAACCAUCACAAUGGCAGUUCCUACAGUUCUCUUUGUGCAGACAUUUUGAGCUAAAUGUACUUUAUCUACCUAUAGUUUCUGCUUACAAACAUGUAUAUCUUUGCUAUAAUGUUUUACUAGUUGGUCUUGAAUGUGCCAUAAUAAUUUUUCAAGAAAAAAAAAUCUCAUUCAAAUUGUUCAUAUUCCAUUAUAAAGUGGCAUUAUUUUAAUAGCCAUUACAUGCUAAUGUUUAUCAAAACAUUACCAUAUUAGCAACUUAGUGUUAGCUGAUUGCUGAUUAUAACUUUAAGCUUAGACCUAUAUUACAACAUAAUACAUCAUAGUACUAAACGUACCAGGAAAAAGUUUGCAUCACAUAAAUUAAUAUUAAAAAAUUUACUUGAACACAUCACUUUGCAAGCUUUAAACAGAUAUCAUCUUGUAAAGCCAAUAGUACAGAUUUAGUAUUUAUUUGUAAUAUUUUUAUACAUAAUUUGGAUUAUGUUCCACCACCUAGUUGGCUCUUGCAAGAUGAAGUUAGUACACUAUGUUGAUUUGUGUAAGCUCUUUUGAAUUCUCAUGUUUCUUAAACACAGUAUUACCAACUAACACCAACAAACUGGCUGAUAAUUCUUCAUAUUAUUAAAAAAUUAGAAUUUAUGCUACAUUUUAGCUAGAGUAAAUGAAAAUACUUUAGUAAAAAAAAAGUCAGACACUGCUUGAAAUCAAACAAGACAUGUGUAGAUAGCUGUUCAAAUGAUGUCACUUUAUAAUUACUCAAGAAUAUUGCAGUAACCAGUGCAUAUUAAUUUAUACUUACUAUGACAGAAUGUUAAAAAUAAUAUCAAAAAAUGUUACCUGUAAGUAACAUUAGAAAAAUAAUUUGUCUACUGAACUUAAAUAUCAUUUAGUGCAUGUUGUUUUGUCAUUCAUUUUAUUUUUAAGAGCUUUUAUAAUCUAAGCCUUCUUAUGUUAAAUACCUCUAAAUGUGCACAUAAGUUCUUUAAUUAUUUUGAAAACCAUGCAGAAUUUUUAUAACUAAAACUUUGAUCUAAGUAUUAAAAAUUUUUGUGUACAAAAAAAAAGUUUUAGAGAUUAAUUUUAUUUUUGUUGAGAAAAUUAUUGAAAAUCAGUUGUUCAUGUUGUAUCAUUUAAUUUUGAUGAUUGUUCCCAUACGCUGUGUUUCUGUUUAAGCUUCAUGUAGCUCAUAAAUAAAAUGCCUUUUACAAAUUUUAGUUGCCAGCUUAGACAUGAUCAGUUUAGUGCACAGACAUGUAUUUGUGGAGAAGGUAUGUUGUAUAUGUGUAAAAUAUUGACCAAACGUGCAAAAGAGAACCAAUAAAACUAUAUUUGUUAUAAA